CAAAAUGAGCCAGGAAGAAUCCAAAAUGCACACUGGUUAUGAUGACGACCAGAAAGGCCAAGAUACAGCAGACAUGGGCAUUGAACGAGAUAAGUUGAAGAACAAAAGUUUCCUUGAGAAAAUCGAUAGGAGCAAAGAAUUUGAAACAUUUGAAAGAGAAUUCCAAGACUUCCUACAAGAAAUUGUUGGAGAUGAGCUCCUUGAGAGAUUCAGAGAGCAUUAUGAAUUACUUAAGACUUCAUACAGGACUGAACAAGACCUGAUCAAGAAAUGUCUGGAGCUAAAUAAGAAAGCUCUAGAUAGCGCAAAGGAAGUCAGUGCUGCCGUUAGAUUGGCGACUGCAGAGAUGGAGAAAAUAGAAACUCUUAAUAUCAAAGCUGAGAAGCACCUCAAUAAUCUUUCUGAAAUGAAGAUCAAAGAGGAAGAGUCUAGAAAAGAAAUCGAGAAGCUAAAAUCAGGUAUAGCAAAUCUCAAAAGACAGCAAGGACUGUCUACCGAGCUUGAAGAAGAUAUUGAACUUAGAAAACUCAAGCAAGAAUAUGAUCAGCUCAUCAAAACCACCAAUGAUCAGUCUGACACUAUCGUUAAUCUCAAGCUCAAGAAUACUAGUUUAAAGGAUGAACAACUGAAGCAUGAGACUGAACUCGAUAACAUGAGGAGAGAUCGUGAAGAGUGUCGCCAAAACAUCGAUACAAUCAACCUUCAAGUCCUAGACCUCAAGGAGCAGCGUUCCAAACUAGAAGACGAGAAGAACAAGAUGAAGGCUCAAAAGAAAGAAGAGAAGAAGAACUUAGAAGAAAAACGUAAAGAAAUAGAAGAAACUGAGAACAGCUUGCUAAAUACUAAAGAAAAACGUGAAAGUGUUCUCAAAGAUAUCGAUAUAUUAGACGAAAACAAUAAAAAACUCAAAGAUACCUAUGUAGAGCUGGAUGAGGAAAACAAGAAGUUACAAAGAGACAUUAUAAAGUCCCAGUCUCACUUAGAAAAAGAGGCUAAGGACAAUGACCACAUCUCUGUUGCUUUUGAAGAACUCCAAGAAGAGGUAAAGAAGUUACAGAAGGAGUAUGAUUAUCGGUUCAAAGAGAACCAGCUGAUCGGCCGCAAGAGAGAUACCGCCCAGCUCGAGGAGGACAAGAUGAAGAACGAAUGCAGAGAUAUAGACGACAAGCUUGAGAGAAUCAAGGCUAUCGUCAGUGAAAAGAAAAAGAAGAUUGAAGAUAAGCUUCGUGAAAGAGACUUGUUGAAUAAAGAUGUGGUCGAUAAGCAGAAUAUCUCAAGAGAGAAGGAGAGUGAACAGAAGAAUUUGGAUAAUGAGCUUAAGAAGUUGAAGAAUAAGGUUGAAGGAUUUAAGAACGAGACUCAAAAACUGAGAGAAAUGAUCUCCCAACUUGAGAAGGAUAAAGAUAAAUACGGAACUGAGGCAUCCCAAGCUAAUGCUAAAUAUUAUCAAUGCAUGGAGAAAGUCAAGAUGAAGAGUACCCUUAUCACCAAACUCCAGAAGAAAAACGCAGAGGCUGAGGCUAAGCUAAAACAGCAACAGAAUUUGUAUGAAGCAGUCAGAUCUGACAGAAAUCUAUAUUCUAAGAAUCUCCUUGAAGCUCAGGAUGAGAUUAGUGAGCUCAAGACUAAAUUCAGAAUCCUAACUUACAGAAUUUCACAGUUGAAAGAUGAAAUAACUAGUAAAGAGCAAGCUAUUCAGAAGGAAAGAUCUGAUCUAAACAAAUAUGAUAAUGAAAACAAGAACCUCGAUAGUGAUAUCAAAAAGAAGGAGAAAUACAUAGAAUCCCUUGACCAAAUGAUCAAGACUCAGGAAGCUGACAUUGGUAGACUUAAGUACGUCAUCACAGAAGCUGAAGCUGAAAAGCAAAAGCAAAGAAAAGACUAUGAGAUGGUCAUCAAUGAAAGAGAUAUCCUCGGAACCCAACUCAUCAAAAGAGAAGAAGAGUUACAACUUCUAUAUGAAAAGAUCAAAAUUCAGCAAAGUACAUUAAAGAAGGGAGAGAUCUAUUUCCAGAAGAAAGAUAUUGAAAUCCAGAAGCUUAAAGAAACCAUAGCUGAUAUAAAGAAACAGAUCAUUGUUCAUGAGAAUGAGACUGCAUGCAUUAUCGAUCUCAAGAAAGAAAUCUACCUCCUUCAGAAAGAACUUCUUGAACAAGAACAGAAAGAAAAGAUUCUCAACCAAGAACUUGAAAAGCCCAUGAAUGUUCACAGGUGGAGGAAACUCGAGUGUACCGAACCUGAAAUUUAUGAAAAGAUUCAGAAAAUACAAAGUUUGCAGAAGAGACUCAUCGCCAAGACCGAAGAAGUCCAGGAGAAAGACGGCUUGAUUCAAGAAAAAGAAAAGCUCUAUGUCGAACUCAAGAACAUUCUUGCCAAGCAGUCUGGUCCUGAAGUUGCUGAGAAGCUUUCAACAUACCAGCAGAACCUCAAAGAGAGGACCAAGCAACUCAGAGAGAUGGCCAGCGAGUUGAAGUCGUACCAGUCCCAGGUCAACGCUUACAAGUUCGAGAUCGAAAGACUUGAUAGAGAAACUGGAGAAGUCAAGAGACAGUACUUCGACAGACUUAGAAGAGAAGGAAGGAACUUGCCUGCUGACGGAGAAAUCAUCGAAGAAGAGGAAGAAGGAGACGGCAGGCCAGACAACCAGCCUGAACAGUAUGACAACUACUAUGGAGAGCAGGUGCCAAGCGAACUCGAGCAAGACAACCAGAUGGCCGACCAGCCUGACAUGGAAGACCACCCUGACAUUGAGGACCAGCCAGAGCAUGAGGCUGAAGGCGAAGGUCACCCAGAUGUUCAGGAUGAUCCAGCCGAAGAACAGCAACAUGAUGCUCCAGAGCCACAAGACGUAUCUGAACAGCCUCCUGCUGAACACAACGACGAAGAAGACAAAGUCAACGAGUAAUGGA